CACGCUGCGCCUGCGCCCUCUAAGCUAUCCAUCUCUGCCUCACGGUUGACGCCAUGUGACUUUGAACUCUUAUAGUUUACCCCAUUCUGAAGGAUGGUUUCGUCCACUCGCUCUUUAACUGGGUACGGUCGCUACCAUUAUCUGGUAUUGAGUGGGAAUGUCCUUUCCGGAAGUAACACCACAUUGACCCGGAAAAGGAGGCGGGCAGUGGGGCUUCGGCUGCGGCUAUGGAAGGAUCCGACUACAGGGUGGUGUUUGAGAAGGGAGGCGUGUACCUGCACACCAGCGCCCGGAAGCACCAGGACCCAGACUCCCUCAUUGCGGGUGUCAUUCGUGUCGUGGAGAAGGACAGUGACGUCCUCCUGCACUGGGCUCCCGUAGAGGAAGCUGGUGACCCCACUCAGAUCCUCUUCUCCAAGAAGGACUCCAGUGGGGUUGAAUCUACCACCUCAGAAGAGGAACCCACCUUUGACCCAGGCUAUGAACCUGACUGGGCUGUCAUCAGCACGGUGCGGCCAUGGCCCCAUCACUCAGAGCCCAGGAGAGGUGCAGAGCCUGGCUCCCCCCGGGGCCCCUGGGCCUUCUCUGUAAGCCUAGGGGAGCUCAAGUCUAUCCGCCGGUCCAAACCAGGCCUCAGCUGGGCCUACUUGGUCCUGGUGACACAGGCUGGAGGUUCCUUGCCUGCUCUGCACUUCCACCGUGGUGGCACCAGAGCCCUUCUCCGUGUCCUCAGCCGCUACCUGCUGUUAGCCAGCUCUCCGCAGGACUCCCGACUUUACCUUGUCUUUCCACAUGACUCCUCUGCCCUGUCCAACUCCUUUCACCACCUGCAGCUCUUUGAUCAGGACAGUUCCAACGUGGUGUCACGCUUCCUUCAGGACCCCUACUCCACCACCUUCAGCAGCUUCUCCAGAGUGACCAACUUCUUCCGGGGAGCCCUGCAGCCACACACUGAAGGUGCCUCCUCCCCUGACCUCCCCCAACCACCUGAUGAUGAGCCUGAGCCUGGCUUCGAGGUCAUCUCUUGUGUGGAACUGGGGCCACGGCCAGCUGUGGAGCGGGGUCCUCCAGUUACAGAGGAGGAGUGGGCCCGUCACAUGGGUCCUGAGGGCCGCCUGCAGCAAGUCCCAGAGUUGAAGAACCGGAUUUUCUCAGGGGGUCUGAGCCCUGGUCUGCGGAGGGAGGCCUGGAAGUUCCUCCUGGGUUACCUCAGCUGGGAGGAUUCUGCAGAGGAGCACAAAGCCCACAUACGCAAGAAAACGGAUGAGUAUUUCCGCAUGAAGCUGCAGUGGAAAUCCGUGAGUCCUGAGCAGGAGCGGAGGAACUCACUUCUGCAUGGAUACCGCAGCCUCAUUGAGAGAGACGUGAGCCGCACGGACAGGACCAACAAAUUCUAUGAGGGCCCGGAGAACCCAGGGCUGGGCCUGCUGAAUGACAUCCUCCUCACCUACUGCAUGUACCACUUUGACCUGGGCUAUGUCCAGGGCAUGAGUGACCUCCUGUCCCCAAUCCUCUUCGUUGUUCAGAAUGAAGUGGAUGCCUUCUGGUGUUUUUGUGGUUUCAUGGAGCUUGUGCAUGGGAACUUUGAAGAGAGCCAGGAGACCAUGAAGCGGCAGCUUGGCCAGCUCUUGCUGCUGCUGAGGGUGCUGGACCAGCCACUCUGUGACUUCCUGGACUCCCAGGACUCCGGUUCACUCUGCUUCUGCUUCCGGUGGCUACUCAUCUGGUUCAAGAGAGAGUUCCCCUUCCCUGAUAUCCUGCGGCUGUGGGAGGUGCUAUGGACUGGGCUUCCUGGCCCAAAUUUACACCUGCUGGUGGCCUGUGCCAUCCUGGACAUGGAGCGGGACACCCUCAUGCUGUCAGGCUUUGGCUCCAAUGAGAUCCUUAAGCACAUCAAUGAGUUGACCAUGAAGCUGAGUGUGGAAGAUGUACUGACGCGGGCCGAGGCCCUGUACCGCCAGCUAACUGCCUGCCCGGAGCUGCCACACAAUGUGCAGGAGGUCUUGGGGCUGGCGCCACCUACAGAGCUCAACAGCCCCUCACCCCCAGCCUCCCCUCUGCCGCUGUCACCCACCCGGGCCCCGCCAGCUCCACUGCUGCAUGCAGACACAGCCCCACAGCCUGACAGUAGUCUGGAGAUCCUGCCCGAGGAAGAGGAUGGUGCUGACUCCUAGGCCCGUGGUCGGUGGCCACACAGUGGUCUGUCCCCAUGAGCUGGCUUCCUUAAACUGACAAGUUCCAGCAGGGGUCUUACCAGGAAGGUGGGGCUGGAGGCCCCCACUGGGUCUGGCCUUGUCUGGACAGAUGCUGGUUUGUCUUCAGAGCCCAAACACAACCAGGUGACCCUGACCCUGCCAAUGAAGUAGUAGAGGAGGGCCCUUGAGGUUGAAUGGGGGAAGACUGCCCAGCCUGCUUGGGUUGCAGCUUUGGGGGGAGGGUGCCUCACCAGUAGCUAGUGCAGAUUUCAAAUCAAAGGCCUGCCCAGCCUGGCUUCUAGAAUCUCGCCUACCAGCAGCAACCUUAUGUGAGACAAUAAACAUCUGUUGUUUAA